UACGGAUACGCUGUACGGAGAACAGUGUUGUAUAUAUAUGACCUUUACGCUCCUGCAUUCCUGGCGAGCCAGCUUCCCUCGUGUCUCAUUGAAUUUUUUGGUUCAAGUCCCCAAGGUUUCACGUCAAAUGCGUAUGAUGGCGACUAUCAUUAAUUCUCCCCGCGAUCCUAACACGCUCAGCAAUUAUAACAAUUGGCGCUCUACCCAUGUCACUGCCAAUUUCGAUAUACUAUUUGACCAGCGGAAGCUGACUGGGAACGUUGUCCAUCAAUUCAAAUCAAUCACGGACAGGGAAUCGAAGGAAAUAAUCCUGGAUACAAAUCACCUAGAUAUUAGCGAUGUGAAAGUCAAUGGGGAACCAUCCAAGUGGGAGCUUCUCCCUCCUCUUGGGCCCUUUGGCAAUGCAUUAAAAAUCAGCAUUGAACAUGGCGCCGAGCUUAAUGCGACUGUCGAGGUUGAUAUCUCUCUUGCAACCACUGAAAAAUGCACGGCUCUCCAAUGGUUGACGCCUGCGCAGACUUCCAAUAAGAAGCACCCUUAUAUGUUUUCCCAAUGCCAGGCCAUCCAUGCUCGCUCCAUCUUUCCUUGCCAAGAUACUCCUGAUGUAAAAUCGACAUUUGACUUCAACAUCACGUCCCCUCUUCCUGUUAUUGCCAGUGGGUUACCUGUCCGGAAAUCACCACCGAUUUCACAGCCUGGGAAACAUUUGUAUCAAUUCCACCAGAAGGUGCCCAUCCCAAGCUAUCUAUUUGCUCUGGCUAGUGGAGAUAUUGCAGAAGCGGCUAUUGGCCCCCGUAGUGUUGUCGCGACUAGUCCAGACAAACUUCAUGAAUGCAAAUGGGAACUUGAGGCUGACACAGAGAAAUUCAUCAAUGCUAUCGAGAAAAUUAUUUACCCCUACGUCUGGGGUGAGUACAAUGUGUUGGUUUUACCACCCAGCUUCCCAUAUGGCGGCAUGGAAAAUCCAAUCUUUACAUUUGCAACACCAAGCAUUAUCUCUAAGGAUCGCGAAAACGUUGAUGUCAUCGCACAUGAACUUUCUCAUAGCUGGAGCGGCAAUCUUGUUACCAGUGCUUCAUGGGAGCAUUUCUGGUUGAACGAGGGCUGGACAACUUAUCUUGAGAGACGGAUAUUGGCUGCAGUCCACGGCGAGCCAUAUCGGCAUUUUUCGGCCAUUAUCGGCUGGAAGGCACUCGAGGACUCUAUAGAGCACUUUGGCCACGACCAUGAGUUCACAAAACUGGUAGUUGAUCUCAAGGGAAAGGAUCCUGACGAUGCUUUUUCAAGCGUUCCAUAUGAGAAGGGCUUUAAUUUCUUGUACCAUCUAGAAACCCUCGUGGGCAAGGAUAAGUUUGACAAGUUCAUUCCUCACUAUUUCACAACAUUCAAGGGAAAAUCACUUGAUUCCUAUGAAUUUAAAACGACCGUGCUGGAAUUCUUUGCCUCCGAUCCAGAGGCUUCUAACCUUUUAGGUGAACUGGAUUGGGAGGCGUGGUUCUACAGACCAGGGUUGCCUCCAAAGCCGUCCUUCGAUACUUCGCUUGUUGAUGUUGUAUAUGAGCUUUCUCGGAAGUGGCAAUCCCUUCCUGAGUCAUCUUUCAAGCCUUCAGAAAGCGACAUCGAAGGUUUAACGGCGAAUCAGAUAGUUGUAUUCCUUGAGCAGAUCCUUCAAUCAGAGCGUCCGCUUACUCCCGAAUUGUCAAGGCUUAUGGGUGAGGUCUAUGGACUUUCAAAUAGCCAGAAUGUUACUGUUGCCAAUCUCUAUUUCCAAGUCGGUUUGAAGGCUGGCGACGAGAGCGUUUUCGAGCCGACAGCAUCUUUGUUAGGCCAGAUUGGGAGAAUGAAGUUUGUGCGGCCUUUGUACCGAAAUCUACUGAAGGCAAACCCUGGCCUUGCUUUUGCAACUUUUGAGAAGUACAGAGAUUUCUAUCAUCCCAUUUGCCGAGUCAUGGUGGAAAAGGAUCUUUUUGGGAAGAAAGAUCAAUAGGUGAGACUAAUACCCG